AUGAAGGGGACCCUGCUUCUGCUGGCCUUGCUGGUGACCGGGGAGCUGGGCUUCCAGACAACCGAAGCAUGCCUUCCUUUCUUCAAAAUCUUUAGUGGAGUGGCCAUUGGAAACAAGUCAUUGUUGAAUACCCUCCUUUCCAGUUUUCACCCUACUGCCCAGGAGAGGGAGGCUUUUGAAAAAAUCCAGGAAUGCUACAAUGAGAGAGGACUGACGGGCAAAUUUCUGGAUAUCAAAGUUAUGGAAGCCAUUGUCUUCAGCGCAGAAUGCAGGCAGUACUAUACCCAAGACAUCAUCAAAAAAAUCGCUACAAUCCUUUCCCAAACUACCCUCUAA